AUCCCGGGCCGCAUGCGCUGCUUGUGGCACUCUCUGCUUGCCCCGCCGCCGCGCAGUACCGCACCAUGCCGCCUCCGCCGUAUCCGCUGCUGCCGCCGCCGCUGCCGCCGCCGUUUCCGUCACCGCGACCAACUUCAGGGUGGAAGCCCGUAUCCGGUGGCAGCGGGCCGUGCGCGAUCGGCCCGGGGCGCGACCUGAGCGGUUGCGACUUCGCGAACGCCGACAUGUCGAAUCAGGACCUGACGGGCGCGACACUCUUGAAUGCGAUUCUCGACGGCGCGUACCUGCGGGGGACGAGGCUGGGGCAGGCGACGCUGACGGGGGCGAGCUUGCGCGGGGCGGAUCUCACCAACGUCAACCUCGGGCUCGCGCUCUUCGACUCGGUGGAUGCGCGCGGCGCGAGACUCGACAACGUGUCGCUCGACCAGACGGCGAUGGAGAGGAGCGACCUGUCUGGAGCUAGCAUGAGCAGAGCGAGGUGCCUCGGCUGCGACCUGACCAGCACGGUCCUCAAGCGGGCAAACUGGACGUCUGGUGAGAUCCGGGGCGCGUCGAUCCACGGCAUGCACGCGCCGUCGCUGCUCCUCGACAACGCCACCCUCGCAGACGUCGCCUUCCUCGACUGCUCCCUCUACUCUGCGUCGCUCAAGCAUGCACAGCUCGAGCGAGUCACGCUGCAGAAGGUCGACGCGCCGCUCCUCGACCUCGCCUUCUCCUCGCUGCUCGAGAUGAGGCUAGUCGACACCGUCCUCGACGGAGCCUCCCUGCAGUCGGUCGUGGUCAACGUGAUGCACCUCGAGGCAGUCAAGAUGCGACGCGCCAACUUCUGCGGCGCCCAGCUCU